CUUCUUGAUUAGAUUAAACAAACUGUUUCAAACCAUCGUAAACGAUCAUGGAGGAACCCCAGAAAGUAAUCGACGUGAUGAACCUUCAAAUCACUCACAACCUGUUUCUCGGUUCAUUCAACAGUUGCCGGAAUCAAUUCAAUCAAGUGCAAUCCAAUGAUCUUAUGAUCACUCAACAAAAGCAACAACAACAAUGGCAGGAAACUAUCGAUCCUCUUAAGCUUGUUCUCGGCAAAGUUAUCGGUCGUGGAUCUUAUGGCGUGGUUUACAAGGGCUCAUAUCAUGGCCAUACGGUCGCAGUGAAAGUUCUUGAUUUUGGAAAGGGUGUUACAACAACUUUAAAGGAGUGCAUGAAGAAUGAUUUCAGGGAAGAAGCUAGUUUAUGGCAAAAGCUUGACCACCCUAAUGUCACUAAGAUGAUCGGAGCAACUAUGUCUAUGAAGACAAAUUCGGGCCCUAAGAACAAGAACAAGAUAUCAAAAACUGAAAGUGACCUUUGUAUUGUCUCCGAAUAUGUAACUGGAGGAUCGUUGAGAUCAUACUUGUGUAAAAACCGUGAUAAGAAGCUACCUAUAAAAGUUGUUUGUCAAUUUGCCCUUGAUAUUGCAAAAGGGUUGAGUUAUCUUCAUUCCAAGAAGAUAAUUCAUCUUGAUGUGAAGCCAGAGAACAUACUUAUUGACAGUCAAAAUAAGAAGCUGAAACUUGCUGAUUUCGGAGAGGCAAUUUUUGAUCCUUUCGAGUUAUUUACGAGUGGUGAAGUCGGGACUCGAGGUUAUAUGGCUCCUGAGGUUUUAAGCAAAAAACCAUACGGAUUUAAAUGUGAUGUUUAUAGCUUUGGGAUAUGCUUGUGGGAGAUAUAUUGUUGUGAAAUGGCAUACACAUAUGACUUAGACAACAUCCCAGUAGAAAUAUACAAGGAAAUGCGACCGAGCAUACCUGUGAAUUGUCCAAGAUCACUAGCUCGGUUAAUGCAAAGUUGUUGGGACACGGACUCUAGAAGAAGACCGGAGAUGAAGGAGGUCGUUAUUGAAUUGGAGGAAAUCAUGAAAACCGAAGGGUGGCAAGCAUUAUCAAAGGAUCAAAACAAUGUUUUCGGUUGCUUCGGAUUCUUAAGCCAUGCAAGAUAGGAUAGAUGAAGAUGCAAGUAGAGUCAAUUUCAUGUGAACACAGAUCAUACAUAGGGAUGUUACCGUUGUAAACUAUACAUUUUUAUGUUUUGCUGAUUAAAUGAAAUCAGCUUCUUUGUUGCUG